GCGCGUCUUUGCUGAGAUACCGCAGCAUCAUCAUAUUAGUUACGACAAUGACCAACGACGUAUCCAAGAAGAAAGGGAAGAGUUCUGGCGAGAAGAAGGCGAAAAGAAAAGCCAAAAGGAGAGAGACUUACGCGAUGUACAUCUAUAAAGUUCUGAAACAGGUUCAUCCGGACACGGGCAUUUCCAGCCGGGCCAUGAGCAUCAUGAACUCCUUCGUGAACGACCUGUUCGAGAGGAUCGCCACGGAGGCGUCCCGCCUGGCCCAGUACAACAAGCGCUCCACCAUCACCAGCCGAGAGGUGCAGACCGCGGUGAGGCUGCUGCUGCCCGGCGAGCUGGCCAAGCACGCCGUGUCCGAGGGCACCAAGGCGGUCACCAAGUACACCAGCUCCAAGUGAACGCAUCACCCGUCACACCUGUGCAAUGAAAUGACUGCAAUAAACGCACGAAAGCUGA